AUGCUGUUUCAACCAGAACUCGGAGCUGUACCACGACCAAAUAUUUCAAGCACUAAUGAUCCCACGGUUAAUACAGACGAAACUGGGCCCUCAUCAACGUGGAAGAAACCGUCAGUUUCAUUCCUAAAUGGUGAUACAUUUAUCCCGUCGUCUGCAGUUUUGUUUUUAUCUGAAACAUCCAUGUUAAAGUUAGAAGAAGUUAUUGAACACGCUAUUGAACAGUUAAACUAUGAUACAGCUGAAUUUUAUGCAGAAUUAUUGUUCGCUCAAUGUUCAAAUUUGGAAAACUCGAAUAUUCAUAAGAUUAAAUCCAUAUAUCUUUAUACGUUGGCUCUUUUCCUUAAUCAGAAUUAUCAUACAAGUAUGCAUGUCUCAAAAGAUUAUAAGCAUUCAGAUAUCGGUAUUGCGUAUCUAUAUGGGAAAUGUGCUUUAAAGCUUUCUCGAAAGAUUAAGGAAGCCAUUGAUUCUCUAGUAAGAUUAAAAGGGGUCUUUAAUGGUAAUAGCAACGCGGAAAAUGUACAAUUAUUUCCAUUGAUCCAUUUCCCGAAUGUAGCAACUAUAGAUUGCCUAAUAGCAAAAUUGUAUUCUAAACUAGAUAGGAAGCAUGAAAGCUCACUUUUCCAUUCAGGUGCAUUGAAUCAAGAUCCAUACCUAUGGGAAUCAUACACUGAAUUAUGUAAGAUGAAAGUAUCCAUUGAUAUCAAAGCAUUAUUCAUGGGAACAAGCCAAAAGAGUUCAAAUUUGAGACCGAAAAAAUCAAAUCGAAUAGUUAAAUCUACAGUAUCAUCGUCGUCCUCGACAUCGUCACUUUCUUUGUCAUUAUUACAUAAAGGAUCCAAUAAUAUUCCCACUGUAGAAGUAACGCCAUUUAACAUAUCGGCACCUUGGUAUAAUGAAGUUCCCGAAUCAUCCAUCAACAAUCUGAACAGAAACUUGAAUAUAUCAAGAAUAUCACCAGCAAGACAUGGAAAGGUAAACGAUCCAAAGAAUAUCGCCGAUGGAUGGCCAACGAUAUCGAGGAACGCUAAUAAUCUCAAUAAUAAUAACAAUAAUAUCAAUAAUGAGAGUUCGCCGGGAACUCAGAGAGGAUCUAGUAUUUUUUCUGCAAAACAACCUACUUCACCUUCCGUUAAACAACCUACUAUAAGUUCCCUUGCUAAAAUAAAUUCCAAUAGAAACAGACUUUUGACAACACCACCAUCCAAGUUGAAUUCUAACCAUGAUCAAAGGGCAAGAUAUAAGACACUAAAAAACAUCAGUUAUAAUACAAGCUCAAAUAAUGCCAAUAUGAGCUCUACCAUCAGAAAAAAAUUACUUCUUGAAUCAGAUAAUCCGAACGGUAAUAUGUUUGACGCACAAAAUGAUGAACCAUUAAAUAAUCUACUUUAUUCCUUUGCACUUAUAUUGAAGACAUCAUCACAAUAUAACUCUUACAAAGCCAUUAGAUUAAUUAAUUCUUUAUUACCCACUCAUAUACGGGAUGAAAUGCCAUGGUGUCAAUCACAAUUAGGUAUGUUACAUUUCGAAAUUGUCAAUUAUGAGAUGUCAUUGAAAUAUUUUGAAAAAUUAAGGAAAUUACAACCGACUAGAUUAAAAGAUUUAGAAACUUACUCUACGUUAUUAUGGCAUUUACAUGAUAAGAUAAAACUAACUGUUCUAUCAAAUGAAUUAUUAAAGGAAUUUAAAAAUGAACCUCAAACUUGGUGUUGUUUGGGUAAUCUUUUCUCAUUACAAAAAGAUCAUAAAGAAGCUAUAAAGGCUUUUGAAAAAGUUACAAAACUAGAUCCUACGUUCACAUAUGGUUACACUUUGCAAGCACAUGAAUAUUUAUCAGAUGAUUCAUUUGAUUUGGCAAAGAAUUAUUUCAGGAAAGCAGUAUCUACUGACUCACAACAUUAUAAUGCAUAUUAUGGUAUCGGUAUGUGUUCUAUGAAAUUAGGUGAAUUUGAACAUGCUUUACUUUAUUUUGAAAAGGCAAGAUCAAUUAAUCCAAGUAACGUAAUUUUGAUUUGUUGUUGUGGUGUGGCGUUUGAAAAGUUAUCAUAUCCAGAGAAAGCUUUGUCUUAUUAUGAAUUAGCUUGUCAGGUACAACCAUCUUCAUCUUUGGCUAAAUUUAAAAGAGCUCAUCUUUUAUAUUCGAUGGCUAAUUAUCCAUUGGCAUUGGAAUGUUUUGAAGAGUUGACAAAAUUGGCACCCGAAGAGGCAACUGUACAUUUCAUUUUGGGUCAAUUAUAUAAUAUAAUGGGUAGGAAAAAAGAUGCUGUUAAAGAAUAUACUAUUGCGAUGAAUUUGGAUCCAAAGGGAAAUCAAGUGAUUUUGGAAGCAUUAGAAAAAUGUCAUGAACAGGAAUAG